AUGAACAAAGAGCAGAUGAAGCGAAAGUACCCGCAUCUCGACCUAGAAGACGAAUCUCGCUACUACGCCUCCACGGACGUCAUUGCUCGCUCAAACUUGCUCUCAUUCGAGGUGCCGCCCGUUGUUGACGCAGCACCAGCGUCGAUCAACGGCUUCAGCGGCAGUGGACACAGUCCAAAGCCACUGACCGGUUCUGGCUCAAUCGCCUCACACACACCGCCACCGCCUCUUGCACUGCAACAACAGCAGCAGCAGAACUCCUCACCACCGUCUUCACUUUCCUCAAACUCUUCUCGACUGCUGAAAGGAGUCAACGGAGUCAACAGCAAGCAGAAGAACAAUUCGACCAACAACUCAAUUCAGAAUUCCUCUGACUUUGACGGCUACGAGAACACGCAAAUUCACUCGUCCAGCACAAAGUCACCCUCCCCGGAGGCAAUGAUCCCGCCGGUGCCGUCGAUAAAAGAGGCGGAUAUUAAGACGAUUGACGGCGAGUUUGGCUACUCAAAGUUUGGCGAUUGUGAGCUGGGCUACCUGCAACGUGGCACUGAAAAACGCUUGGUCAUCCUCAAGACGCUCUCUGAAAAGCGGGAGUUUUACGAUGAGUUUAUCACUGAAAUGGAGGAAAAGUGGCGACUGUCUAAUCGGUGCAUUGACACCUUUGCAAUGAUGNUGAUCCCGCCGGUGCCGUCGAUAAAAGAGGCGGAUAUUAAGACGAUUGACGGCGAGUUUGGCUACUCAAAGUUUGGCGAUUGUGAGCUGGGCUACCUGCAACGUGGCACUGAAAAACGCUUGGUCAUCCUCAAGACGCUCUCUGAAAAGCGGGAGUUUUACGAUGAGUUUAUCACUGAAAUGGAGGAAAAGUGGCGACUGUCUAAUCGGUGCAUUGACACCUUUGCAAUGAUGCACGGCUAUGUGGUCAAACACGAGUACUUGGCGAUGGUCAUCGAGUACGGUGACGUUGACCUGAAGAAGUUUCUCCGAUCGGCGCUGCCGAUGCAGAUUCGGUUCACAAACUUAAUUGAAAUUGCCAGUCAGGUAGCAGAGGCAAUGCAGGAUCUGCACUCUCAAGGGUUCAUUCACCGAGAUAUAGCAGCGCGGAAUUGCCUCAUCUACACCUCCAAUUUGAAGGUGAAGAUUUGCGACAAUGGCGCCUUUAUUGGCGAGUACAAGAAGGAGUACUACAAUGAGGUGCUGCCCGUCCGCUGGAUGAGCCACGAGAGCAUCCUUCAGGGAAAGUUCACCUCCAAAAGCGACGUCUUCAGCUUUGGCGUCACCCUCUGGGAGAUCAUGAACUACUGUAAGAUGCUGCCGCACGAGCAGCUCUCCGAGAGUGAACUCCUCGCAGAGAUUAUCAGCGAAAAUAAGGCAGAGAUGGACGUUUCGGCCAACUCGCUCAUCAACAUGUCGACCUUCUACAACCACCCCUUCUCCGACAACUCGCACGAGUACGCGACGCUAAAGUCUCCCCAGCUGCCACAGCCCAAGGAGUGCCCAUCGGAGAUAUACGAUCUCAUUUUGGAGUGUACGCAGCACAGCGAACACUCCCGGCCGGAGUUUCACGAAAUUGCCUACUUUCUCAAGAAGAAGUGCUCGAACUUUCGCAAAAUCUAG